CUCACGCUCGCUUUCAGUCGCUCAACGGUUCACUCGCUACUGCCGUUUUUGUCGCUUCUUCUCUACGAAGCGUUGUUUGGCUGUUCUUCUCACCACCAGUUUAUUCUCACAACACAAUGAAGUCUGUUGCUAUUGCUGCUGUUGCUGGCGCGCUUGCGUCCACUGUUGCUGGCUCUGCUACGCCUGUCCAGAAGCGUGCUGAUGUCACAACCAUCACCGUCAAGGGCAAUGCUUUCUGGAAGGGCAACGAGCGCUUCUACAUCCGCGGUGUCGACUACCAGCCUGGUGGCGCAUCGGACGCAAAGGACCCCAUUGCCGACGAGGCGGGCUGCAAGCGCGACGUCGCCAAGUUCAAGGAGCUCGGUAUCAACACUGUCCGUGUCUACACCGUCGACAACACUGCCGACCAUGACACCUGCAUGAACGCCCUCGCCGAUGCGGGCAUCUACCUCGCUCUCGACGUCAACACCCCCAAGUACUCGAUCAACCGCGCCUCGCCCCAGGUCUCCUACAACAAGGACUACCUGCAGAGCGUCUUUGCGACCGUCGAGAAGUUCGCCGCGUACCCCAACACGCUGCUCUUCUUCUCCGGAAACGAGGUCAUCAACGACGACAAGACCACUAACUGCGCUCCGUUCGUCAAGGCCGUCACCCGUGACAUCAAGUCGUACAUGAACGCCCGCAAGCUGCGCAAGGUCCCUGUCGGCUACAGCGCGGCUGACGUCGAGUCCAACCGUUACGAGAUGGCCGACUACAUGAACUGCGGCGAGGACUCGGUCCGCUCCGACUUCUACGCCUUCAACGACUACUCGUGGUGCGACCCCAACGACUUCACCGGCUCCGGCUGGGACAAGAAGGUCGAGAAGCUCAGCAACUACAGCAUUCCUAUCUUCCUCUCCGAGUUCGGCUGCAACACCAACAAGCGCCAGUUCAACGAGGUCAAGUCCAUCUACAGCACCGACAUGUCGGCCGUCUACUCGGGCGGCCUCGUCUACGAGUACUCGAUGGAGGAAUCCAAGUACGGCCUCGUGCAGAUCGACGGCUCCAGCGUCGAAGAGCUCGCCGACUUCACCACCCUGAAGAACGCCUACGCCGGCGCCAAAGACCCCUCCGGCGACGGCGGCUACAAGAAGUCCGGCGGCGCCUCGUCCUGCCCCUCCAAGUCGGACUCCUGGAACGUCACCAUGAGCGACGACAAGCUGCCCGCGUUCCCCAGCGGCGCGUCCACUUUCCUCCAGAAGGGCGCCGGCGCCGGUCCCGGUCUCAAGGGCUCCGGCUCGCAGUCUUCCGGCUCGGUUGAGACCGAGGUCGCUGACGCGGGCUCCGGUGCGGUUACCUCGGGUGCGGCUGGCGGCUCGGUCGCGUCGGGGUCGUCGUCGCCCAGCACUGGUGCUGCGGCGUCGUUCCGCGCCGGCGAGUUCUCGCUCGCGCCGCUGGCGAUGGGCGCUGUUGUCCUGAGCUCGAUGCUGUUUGGCGGCGCGCUGGUGUUGUAAGCGCCGGUUGGGGCGUGGAGAGCUGAGAGUGAGAGUGAGAGUGUGGGAGAGUGGAUGCAGGUGUACAGUAGACGCGUAGUGGCUUGUAUCGUUUA